AUGUCUUCUCUAUCCGUGUCCUCCCAGGUAAGGACGCAAUUUAAUUCGUUGGUAGUUUUUUUGGGGGGGAGGGAGAACCUGUAGGCUAGUCUGUCUGACAAAUUGAAUCUUAAAGACACAGGGACUCUCUAAAAUCCUUGCGUUGGUAUAGAUUUCCCGGGAUUAUCCCCAAAAUCUUCAAAACAUUUGGACUCCAAACGCCAAGAAAAACGAGCCGUCAGUGGAUUGUGCCAUAUUAAUUUUUCAUAUUUUAGCGAAACGCAGAAUGGAAGCUUCACCGGAACGCAUCUGAUCUCCUAAAAUGUUUGAAACGGUGGGUUCAAUUUAUUGAGAUACUGUAGUUUCUAUUCGAUUCUAAAUGCGGUAAAGGGGUCGAUGGAACUCAGACGUUCCAUUGACCAGAUUGGUGCACAUUCAACAAAUCUGAUCUAACAAAGUGGAUAUUCGUCAAAUCCGACAUGAUUUAUGUAUUGUAACAGACCCACAAUGUGGUUACUUAAAUCAAAUUCGCUGCAUAACAUUUAGUAGUCCCUUUUCAGGUUUAGAAGCUAGAUGCUCUCCCGUUCGAAUAAACUGGUUAGCAUAGCUGGCAUACAUAUAUAUAUAUAUAUAUUUUAAACAUUUUUAAAUAGGUGGAGGUAGUCCUCGUAUUUAAAGGUGCUACACAUAGGAUUUUAAAAAUAAUUUUGGCAUUGUAAUUUCAGAAAAUGUCAUUAAUAUAUCUGGCGGUAAUAGUGGAAUGAUAGUGUUUCAUAGUAUUAUUUACCCGCCAGUGUUGUGAUUGGCUGUGAUAUUCGCCUAUUGAUUUCUCCCGCUGGAGCAGCAGCUGUUGUCAAACUGGGAAAGCUGUUCUGACUUUGUGGCUGCGUUAUCUAAUGGUAAUCCUGGUUGCUAAAAUUGUACACUGACAUUUUCUGAAAUUACAAUGCAAAAAUAAAAUAAAAUCCUAUGUGUAGCACCUUUAACUGUAAUGCAGUUGAUUGGUGACUAUGGCAUGAACAUGUGUUGGGGUUGACAUCCAUACAAACAUUAUACUCCGAUUUUUACCUCAACAUAUUGUGAAAUACACAUAUAAACAGUAGCCUAAACGUAGGCUAAUUUUGCUGGAGAGCAAUGAGGAGAUUCGGAUCUUUCCCCCAUGGCCCUUUCCCCCACGCGUUUAUGGCAAUUCCAUUGUUUUGGUCGAGUUCGAUUUGACCUCUAUACUGCAUCUUGAUUUAAUUAAUGUCUGGAAUAAUAUGGUAAAGAAUAUGCAAUUUCAAAAUAUGGGGGGAAAGUAUGCAAGUGGUAAGUAAAGUACAGUCGUGAUCAAAAGUUUUGACAAUGACACAAAUACUAAUUUUCACAAAGUCUGCUGCCUCAGUUUUGAUGAUGGCAAUUUGCAUAUACUCCAGAAUGUCAUGAAGAGUGAUCAGAUGAAUUGCAAUUAAUUGCAAAGUCCCUCUUUACCAUGAAAAUGAACUUAAUCCCCAAAAAACAUUUCCACAUCAUUUCAGCCCUGCCACAAAAGGACCAACUGCCAUCAUGUCAGUGAUUCUCUCGUUAACACAGGUGAGAGUGUUGACGAGGACAAGGCUGGAGAUCACUCUGUCAUGCUGAUUGAGUUAGAAUAACAGACUGGAAGCUUUAAAAGGAGGGUGGUGCUUGAAAUCAUUGUUCUUCCUCUGUUAACCAUGGUUACCUGCAAGGAAACACGUGCCGUCAUCAUUGCUUUGCACAAAAAGGGCUUCACAGGCAAGGAUAUUGCUGCUAGUAAGAUUGCACCUAAAUCAACCAUUUAUCGGAUCAUCAAGAACUUCAAGGAGAGAGGUUCAAUUGUUGUGAAGAAGGCGUCAGUGCGCCCAAGAAAGUCCAGCUGCGGGAUCAGGGUACCACCAGUGCAGAGCUUGCUCAGGAAUGGCAGCAGGCAGGUGUGAGUGCAUCUGCACGCACAGUGAGGUGAAGACUUUUGGAGGAUGGCCUGGUGUCAAGAAGGGCAGAAAAGAAGCCACUUCUCUCCAGGAAAAACAUCAGGGACAGACUGAUAUUCUGCAAAAGGUACAGGGAUUGGACUGCUGAGGACUGGGGUAAAGUCAUUUUCUCUGAUGAAUCCCCUUUCCGAUUGUUUGGGGCAUCCAGAAAACACCUUGUCCGGAGAAGACAAGGUGAGCGCUACCAUCAGUCCUGUGUCAUGCCAACAGUAAAGCAUCCUGAGACCAUUCAUGUGUGGGGUUGCUUCUCAGGCAAGGGAGUGGGCUCACUCUCAAUUCUGCCUAAGAACACAGCAAUGAAUAAAGAAUGGUACCAACACAUCCUCCGAGAGCAACUUCUCCCAACCAUCCAGAACAGUUUGGUGACGACCAAUGCCUUUUCCAGCAUGAUGGAGCACCUUGCCAUAAGGCAAAAGUGAUAACUAAGUGGCUCGGCGAACAAAACAUCGACAUUUUGGGUCCAUGGCCAGGAAACUCCCCAGACCUUAAUCCCAUUGAGAACUUGUGGUCGAUCCUCAAGAGGCGGGUGGACAAACAAAAACCCACAAAUUCUGACAAACUCCAAGCAUUGAUUAUGCAAGAAUGGGCUGCCAUCAGUCAGAAUGUGGCCCAUAAGUUAAUUGACAGCAUGCCAGGGCGGAUUGCAGAGGUUUUGAAAAAGAAGGGUCAACACUGCAAAUAUUGACUCUUUGCAUAAACUGAAUGUAAUUGUCAAUAAAAGCCUUUGACACUUAUGGAAUGCUUGUAAUUAUUCUUCAGUAAACCAUAGUAACAUCUGACAAAAAUAUCUCAUAACACUGAAGCAGCGAACUUUGUGAAGACCAAUACUUGUGUCAUUCUCAAAACCUUUGACCACAACUGUAGAAUCUCUGCAAUCAUUUUUUUUCUCUUGGUUUUAUAACCUGAAAUGUGUUUUAAAAAUACAUUAAUAAUUGGAUUUCGUAAAAUACUGGUUUCUGACUAUGCAGAGGAGGCAACACCCAGGAAAUAUAGUGAGGACUCUGUGUGCUCUGCUCAGCAGCCCCGGGCAUCUUGCCCCUGGCAAAACACUGAAUGAAGUUCACCUCCUGUUCACCUUUUUAUGGUUCAAAGAACCUCUUUACAAUGGAGAGACCUGGUGGGGGAUGGUUGGUUGGUUUAAUUAAUCCAGAAGCUGCACUUGCCCAGUUCCCUGGGGUCAUGAACACCCUCUGUUCACCCAAUGUGGGCAACUUCAACUACUGUCUGCAGCUUAUGAAUAUUGUAUUCAUGUUAAUUGGGGAACGUUGAGGCUUAUGUAUCUUUCAAACAAUUUGAUUGGCUGCGAGCCAGAGUCUACACUACUGUAUACUCUUACACCUAAUUUGCUAUCGCUUCAUGUCAUUACACAAUCAGUAGCCUAACUUUAAUGAAAAGUAGACAUCACACUACUUUUCACUUUACUCAUCUCAGGGCAGCUACAGUACACACUUCUAUAACAAAUACUAUCUGUUUCCAUGUGUUCCUGUAGGAGGGAAGGAGCAUGUCCAGGAUGUCCAUGAGUCGUUCUCCAGUUUCUCCAAUGAAUGCCCAGGGCAUCCCAUCACCGGCCCAGCUGACUAAAGCCAACGCCCCGGUCCACAUCGAUGUGGGAGGACACAUGUACACCAGCAGUCUGGGUACUCUCACCAAAUACCCAGAGUCUAGGUAAGGGUAUAAGGCCAUGAAGCAUAGUACCACCAUGACAAUGUGAAUAAUUUCCUCAUGGAAUAUAAUUCAAUACUAACUUUUAUCCUAUGGAAAAAAUGUCAGCUUCAUGGAUAGGUCUACUGACUGUGCAUUAUGACUGAUACAUUUUUCAAUUACUUCUAGAAAUCCACAUAGCAUCAUGUUGAAACACAAGCAGCUUGGUAUCCAUGAUAAUUGGUUUGAGAGCAAGCAAAUACAGAGAGAGAGAGCAGAGAGAGAAAAGAAAAGGCUCGAUUUUAAUUGCUUUUUUGGAAGACCGAGAGGGUGGAGAAGGCAGAGAGAAGGCUGAGCUGCCUGGAGAUGUGAGGUGAGACUUCUGCUGGAAGAGUAGAGGACCACCUCAGGCAGAGAGGAGAAUAAUGUUGAGUACUGUGCAGUUUUCAUUGAUUUUGAGAGAGCGCGAGAGAGAGUGUUGUAUUCAACCCAGUAUGAGUACGUGAUUCAGAAGACGUAGUAGACCCAAUUUAUUUUCUGUUCUAAAAUAAACUUUGUCGCCCACUUCCUGCGUAAAAUGUAGGCCUACAUGACAUACAUCACUCUCAAGGAAUGAUCAGCUACACUAGAAACAAUUUUUACAGUUCACUAAACAUACUUCAAGUACUACUUGAUUCAUAGUAUGAAUCUAGAGCUCUCAACCAUUCUUUCUCUGUUCUCCAGAAUCAGUCGUCUGUUUAAUGGAACAGAGCCCAUUGUACUGGACAGCUUGAAGCAGCACUACUUCAUCGACAGGGAUGGAGAUAUAUUCAGAUACAUCCUCAGCUUCCUCAGGACCUGCAAACUACUGCUCCCAGAGGACUUCAAGGUACAGGACACACUCCAGGAGGACAGCACUUUUCCAAAAUAGCUCACAACUCACCAAUAAAGUCAAAUAGGCCUAAUACAUUACCUUACUUCUCACCCGAGCAUAGUUCAACCAAACCACCUUUGUUACUUAUGCAUAAACCUGCCUGAGGCAUGAAGACUUGUUUUAUUUCUGAGCUAAUGCCUAGGCUAACACAGUCUCUUAACCAGAUAGUACACCUCAUUUCCCAACCUUUUUUUACACAUACAAACUUAUACCCAUUUCAGACAGCAGAUGUGGUAUUUUACCUGUAAAAAUAUAAGGCAAUAUUUAUAUGACCCCCUUUCAAACAGCCCCUUAUUUACCACUUAUUGGCAGGUAUACCCCUUUUAAUAAUACAGUGUAUUCAGAAAGUAUUCAGACCCCUUGAUUUUUUUCCAAAUUGUUACUUUACAGCCUUAUUCCAAAAUGGAUUAAAUAGUUUUUUUUACUAAUGAAUCUAAACAAAUGACAAAGCAAAAACAGGUUUUUAGUUUUUUUUGCAAAAAACUGAUAUCACAUUUAAGUAAGUAUUCAGACACUUUACUCAGUACUUUGUUGAAGCACCUUUGGCAGCGAUUACAGCCUUGAGUCUUCUUGGGUAUGACGCUACAAGCUUGGCACACCUGUAUUUGGGGAGUUUCUCCCAUUCUUCUCUGCAGAUCUUCUCAAGCUCUGUCAGGUUGGUUGGGGAGCAUGGCUGCACAGCUAUUUUCAGGUCUCCAGAGAUGUUCGAUUGGGUUCAAGUCCGGGCUCUGGCUGGGCCACUCAAAGACAUUCAGAGACUUGUCCCGAAGCCUCUCCUGUGUUGUCUUGGCUGUGUGCUUAGGGUCGUUGUCCUGUUGGAAGGUGAACCUUCGCCCCAGUCUGAGGUCCUGAGCACUCUGGAGCAGGUUUUCAUCAAGGAUCUCUCUACUUUCCUCCGUUCAUCUUUCCCUCGAUCCUGACUAGUCUCCCAGUCCCUGCCCCUGAAAAACAUCCCCACAGCAUGAUGCUGCCACCACCAUGCUUCACCGUAGGGAUGGUGCCAGGUUUCCUCCAGACGUGACGCUUGGCAUUCAGGCCAAAGAGUUCAAUCUUGGUUUCAUCAGACCAGAUAAUCUUGUUUCUCAUGGUCUGAGUCCUUCAGGUGCCUUUUGGCAAACUCCAAGCGGGCUGUCAUGUGCCUUUUUACUGAGUAGUGGCUUCCAUCUGGCCACUCUACCAUAAAGGCCUGAUUGGUGGAGUGCUGCAGAGAUGGUUGUCCUUCUGGAAGGUUCUCCCAUCUCCACAGAGGAGCUCUGGAGCUCUGUCGACCUCAUUACUUUUACGUUUUUGCUCUGACAUGCACUGUCAACUGUGGGACCUUAUAUAGACAGGUGUGUGCCUUUUCCAAAUCAUGUCCAAUCUGUUUAAUUGACCACAGGUGGACUCCAAUCAAGUUGUAGAAACAUCUCAAGGAUGAUCAAUGGAAACAGGAUGCACCUGAGCUCAAUUUUGAGUCUCAUAGCAAAGGGUCUGAAUACUUAUGUAAAUAAGGUAUUUGUUUUUAAUUUUUAAUAAAUUUGCAAACACUUCUAAAAACCUCUUAACUUUGUCAUUAUGGGGUAUUGUGUGUAGAGUGAAGAGAAAAAAUAUUUAAUACAUUUUAGAAUAAGACUGUAAAGUAACAAUUUGUAAGUCGCUCUGGAUAAGAGCGUCUGCUAAAUGACGUAAAUGUAACAAAAUGUGGAAAAAGGGAAGGGGUCUGAAUACUUUCUGAAUGCACUGUAUCAGUGGGUUAAUGGCAAAUUAGAAGGGGGGGGGGGGGUGUUGUUAAACCAUGGGGGCUGUUUGCAGUUCAAAUUAGGGAGGUGUUAAAAAAUGGAAUCAUUCAUGAAUUUACCUGCAAAAAAGCAGAGAACCAUUCACACAAACCCAAUACCUGUAGGGAUGGUGCACGAAUCAUGACUAGGUCUUUAGGUGGCUUUUAUUUCUACAUGUUUUUUUUACCCCCUACCCAUUUCAGAUUUACAAAAAAGCUGCUAUAAAAAUGCAGGCAUGGUAAAUUAGUGGGUUUUGGUCUGUGUAUGAAAGGGAUAAUAGUAUCUCUCACAGUGAUUUCAGGAUGGUUAUGCAAACCUGAACAUGACCGUAAAGUCAUACAAAUUAUCCUGCAGUACCCAGAAACACAUUGUUAUCUUCAUAGUGUACCACUAUAAGCACUCAGUGUGUGUAAACUGUGCAGGAUUCGAACACAUUAAUCAGUUCUCCAUUACGCCUUGGGCUCCUACAUGGGUCAAUUCUGCAUGGCUGGAAGUAGGGACAUUAUGUUUUGCUAAAUUGAUGUGUGAGGGGGUUGUGUGUGUGGUGUAUGAGAGUGUGUGCAUAUGUGUGUGUAUCCCUCUCUGUCGUUAGUGUAGCUGUGUUAUUCUGUCCUUUGCACAGGAUGACUAAAGUGCCCUGCAGAUAGAGCCCUCUUUUAUAAAACACAUCUAUCCCUCGCUUCAAGCCUAUGAAGGGAGGGGAGCUAAGGAGGCAGGCUUUGAUACAGAGAGGAGCCUGAGGGGGUAGCAGCUCUGUGUCUGCCUGUUGUCAGAAGCAGUAUGUUGUAAAGAAGCAGCUCUCGCGGUUUCACACCCAGUAAUUAUAAACAGAAGUUUCUGCUGUGUGUGUGUGUGUAUGUGCUGCAACAGUUUCAUAAUAUUGGGCAUGCAAGGGGAAGAUACAGGGGAGAGUGAGAUGUACAGACAUGUCUUCCCUUACAAAAGAAGAUUGCCGUUAGAGUGCAGUAUAACUGCAGUAUGUUGCAAAUACUUAGUCCAAAAUACCAGUUGACUGCAGUUACUGCACUUUUACAGCAGUUUUAAAACUGCAAUCUUUUUUUUUGUGUAGAGGUAAACAUUUGGUAUUAAUAAAUCCAUCACAUUCAUUCAACAGAAGUAAAUACUUAUGUACUGCAUCUGAAUGCAAUUUGUAUGAGUUGUAAUUGUUGUAUUAAUUUCCGUUUAUUUGUGUGUGUCCCAGGGUUUCCGUUAGGAAAAUGUGUUGCCGAACAUUUGACCGGCAACAUUUGAAUUUACCGGACUCAUAUGCAUAGGGCGCUUAACCUGAUUAGGGCGUCCACCCACGUUGCUCUGAAUAACAGAAAUCACAUUUAAAAUAUGGUAAUUCAUAUUAACAGAACAUGCAAGUCGAGGAUGCAACGAUGUGCACUUUGAACAUGUUAGAAUAACUGUCCACAUGUACUUCUCCUCAGCCAACACAACGAGUAACGAACAGAAAAAUCACUAGCCUAUGUCAAUCUACUAUAGUAGAAAAGUUUAGGCUACCUAUCUUUGGUCAGCUGGUCGAUAAAUUAAUAUCCUAUUCUAAACACUGUGGGCCAGUUGUGGGAAGAUGGAUCCCAAAUUCAUACAACCAGUAGGCCUAUGCUACAUUUAAAAAGCAAUGAGUCUGAUGCUACAGAUCAGAACAUUAAGCUUAAAAUGUUGUUGAACUAUUAUUUGUACACAUUAUAAGCGCAGCAAUGCGCACAAGGCAGUAGGCUACGAACGAAUGUUCGUUCUAUAACGCAAUUAGCGGGAAAACACCUUUUUGACAAAAGGGCACUGUAUAUGUGAGCAGUUUCAUGUGACAGAGUUGAAAAUAUCUGUUAGAAAUUUAGAACGAGGGGAUCUAAUAGGAUACUUUGAAGCAAGGUAAGACAUGCCUCAAUUGUUUGAAAACUGAACGUUUUAAUACAUAUAAGUAUAUGUUUUCAAAAUGCAUACUGCCUCCAGCUCAUUGCAAAGAGGUGUGUGACGCACUGAUGAAGCCUGCCUUCCGUUGCUGGUUGAUGCCGCGUUCAAAACAACUGGGAAUGCGUACAUCUGAGAAAAAACAAGCUCAGACUGGGAAAAAUCGUUUUGAACGGUCAUCCAACUCGGACAAUUGGGCUAAGGGGUACAAUAUCACAUUACACAAGGACCUUAAAGGGCAUACACACAUUUAUAAUUCUAACAGCUUUUUUGUUGGUAGAGUAUUACAUUGAUCAAAAAUAUAGUUCAAUUUCUUUUGUAAGGUAGAAGAUGUGUUUUGUUUGUACAUUUUACAUUUCUGAAUAUGACAUUUGGCCAAAAGAAUAAGGAAAUUAAUUACAUAAAAUUGCUUCAACUUAUUUCUAUUGUAGGUAAAGAAUCCAAGCAGUACAUCUCUCCAUAAUAGUGUAAAAUCUUCAUAAAUGUGUUCAAUUAUACAUCUGCUGAUGUCUUGCCACAGAUUCCUUACAUGAAUACAAUGCCAAAAAAGAUGCAACACCGUUUCUGGGUGGUCAUUACAAAAGGUACAAUUUGAAUGUAUGUUUUUAUUUUAAACUUCUUCAUAUAGUGGUUGGCAGGAUCAUUUUUAUGAAUAAUUUAAAAAGAAACUUCCUUAAUUUUGUUAAGUAUGUGUGUGGCAACAUCCAACUUUUCCCCCAACAGAUAUUGUCAAUAAAAACAUUACAAAAAGGAUUUCUUCUAGAGCUCCAACUUCCCGAUCUGAAGAUCACUGACGUCAUGAGUUCCCAAUUAUCUUGAAAGUAGCACAAGAUGCUGUAGCAGCAGCUCCUGCACUGUCUGACCGAUUUUCUGCUCACAGGCUCUGUAUCUGUGUACUGUACGCGUGUGAUAAGAUACAUAACGAAUAUAUUGUACACAGACGCCAAUUUAAUUCCACGAAAUUAUGCAAAUUAACCUAUAGCCCGAUAAGCAUGACCAGUCAAUGUUUCCAUUGACUGGUAUUUCCAUCAAUGAAUUUUUGUAAUCUUCUCCUGGACAAUUGGUGGCGCCAAUUGUAUUUAUCCGACAAAAAACAGCUAUUACCAGCUAAUGGAAACCCUGGUGUGUCCAUGCAUUCAUUUGUGUUUGUGUACGCAUUCUUGCGUAUGUGUGUUCUUCUGGGUAUACAGUGGGGAAAAAAAGUAUUUAGUCAGCCACCAAUUGUGCAAGUUCUCCCACUUAAAAAGAUGAGAGAGGCCUGUAAUUUUCAUCAUAGGUACACGUCAACUAUGACAGACAAAAUGAGAAAAAAACAUCCAGAAAAUCACAUUGUAGGAUUUUUUAUGAAUUUCUUUGCAAAUUAUGGUGGAAAAUAAGUAUUUGGUCACCUACAAACAAGCAAGAUUUCUGGCUCUCACAGACCUGUAACUUCUUCUUUAAGAGGCUCCUCUGUCCUCCACUCGUUACCUGUAUUAAUGGCACCUGUUUGAACUUGUUAUCAGUAUAAAAGACACCUGUCCACAACCUCAAACAGUCACACUUCAAACUCCACUAUGGCCAAGACCAAAGAGCUGUCAAAGGACACCAGAAACAAAAUUGUAGACCUGCACCAGGCUGGGAAGACUGAAUCUGCAAUAGGUAAGCAGCUUGGUUUGAAGAAAUCAACUGUGGGAGCAAUUAUUAGGAAAUGGAAGACAUACAAGACCACUGAUAAUCUCCCUCGAUCAGGGGCUCCACGCAAGAUCUCACCCUGUGGGGUCAAAAUGAUCACAAGAACGGUGAGCAAAAAUCCCAGAACCACACGGGGGGACCUAGUGAAUGACCUGCAGAGAGCUGGGACCAAAGUAACAAAGCCUACCAUCAGUAACACACUACGCCGCCAGGGACUCAAAUCCUGCAGUGCCAGACGUGUCCCCCUGCUUAAGCCAGUACAUGUCCAGGCCCGUCUGAAGUUUGCUAGAGUGAAUUUGGAUGAUCCAGAAGAGGAUUGGGAGAAUGUCAUAUGGUCAGAUGAAACCAAAAUAUAACUUUUUGGUAAAAACUCAACUCGUCGUGUUUGGAGGACAAAUAAUGCUAGGUUGCAUCCAAAGAACACCAUACCUACUGUGAAGCAUGGGGAUGGAAACAUCAUGCUUUGGGGCUGUUUUUCUGCAAAGGGACCAGGACGACUGAUCCGUGUAAAGGAAAUAAUGAAUGGGGCCAUGUAUCGUGAGAUUUUGAGUGAAAACCUCCUUCCAUCAGCAAGGGCAUUGAAGAUGAAACGUGGCUGGGUCUUUCAGCAUGACAAUGAUCCCAAACACACCGCCCGGGCAAUGAAGGAGUGGCUUCGUAAGAAGCAUUUCAAGGUCCUGGAGUGGCCUAGCCAGUCUCCAGAUCUCAACCCCAUAGAAAAUCUUUGGAGGGAGUUGAAAGUCCGUGUUGCCCAGCGACAGCCCCAAAACAUCACUGCUCUAGAGGAGAUCUGCAUGGAGCAAUGGGCCAAAAUACCAGCAACAGUGUGUGAAAACCUUGUGAAGACAUACAGAAAACAUUUGACCUGUGUCAUUGCCAACAAAGGGUAUAUAACAAAGUAUUGAGAAACUUUUGUUAUUGACCAAAUACUUAUUUUCCACCAUAAUUUGCAAAUAAAUUCAUAAAAAAUCCUACAAUGUGAUUUUCUGGAUUUUUUUCCUCAUUUUGUCUGUCAUAGUUGACGUGUACCUAUGAUGAAAAUUACAGGCCUCAUCUUUUUAAGUGGGAGAACUUGCACAAUUGGUGGCUGACUAAAUACUUUUUUUCCCCACUGUAUAUCCUUGCUUAUGUGUUUCUACUAUGACAGGACUUUCCCCAGCUAUACGAGGAGGCUCGCUACUACCAGCUGACACCCAUGGUCCGCGAGCUGGAGCGCUGGCAGACGGAGCAGGAGGGCCAGAAGAGACUGCCCUGCGAGUGCCUGGUGGUCCGAGUGACCCCUGACCUGGGGGAGAGGAUCGCCCUCAGCGGGGGGAAGGUGCUCAUCGAGGAGAUCUUCCCCGAGACUGGAGACGUCAUGUGUAACUCUGUGAACGCCGGCUGGAACCAGGACCCCACGCAUGUUAUUAGAUUCCCGCUCAACGGCUACUGCAGGCUCAACUCAGUUCAGGUACAGACGGUGAUAUAGUUGUAGUUCUAUAGGACAAUUCUGUUCUGAUGUGGAUUCAGGUGAAUGCCACUGAGGAUACCAAAGAUUAGGAAUAACUUCCUAAUAUUGAGUUGCACCCUCCACCUUUUGCCUUCGGAACAGCCUCAAUUUGUCGGGGCAUGGGACUCUACAAGGUGUCGAAAGCGUUCCACAGGGAUGCUGGCCCAUGUUGACUCCAAUGCUUCCAAUAGUUGGCUGGAUGUCCUUUGGGUGGUGGACCAUUCUUGAUACACACGGGAAACUGUUGAGCGUGAAAAACCCAGCAGUGUUGAAGUUCUUGACACAAAACCGGUGUUCCUGGCACCUACUACCGUACCCCGUUCAAAGGCACUUACAUAUUUUUUGUCUUGCCCAUUCACCCUCUGAAUGGCACACAUACACAAUCCAUGUCUCAAUUGUCUCAAGGCUUAAAAAUCCUUUAACCAGUCUCCUCCCCUUCAUCUACGCUGAUUGAAGUGGAUUUAACAAGUUACAUCAAUAAGGGAUCAUAGCUUUCCCCUGCUUUCACCUAGUCAGUCUUAAUGUUUUGUGUACACUGCAGAGCAGAUGAGGUCAUCCAGUAAUGCUGAAGACUCAAAGUAAACUAACAUGACAGACAGACUCACUAAAGUUACUUUGUAAACCCCGUUUUUAAUUCUUAAGUUCUUCUUAAUAGGCUCAACUCAGUGCAGAUGCAGUGAUGUAGUUAUAGGUCAACUCUGUUCUUAUGUGGCUCAUGGUCAACUCUGUUAUACAUACUUUUGGUCAUGUAGUGUAUGUGGACACCUGCUCGUCGAACAUCUCAUUCCAAAAUCAUGGGCAAUGAUAUGGAGUUGGUCCACCUUUUGCUGCUAUGACUUGUUGGAAAGGUGGCGUCAUAUGACUGCCAUGUUGAAAGUCACUGAGCUCUUCAGUAAGGCCAUUCUACUGCCAAUGUUUGUCUAUGGAGAUUGCAUGGUGGUGUGCUCUAUUUUAUACACCUGUCAGCAACGGGUGUGGCUGAAAUGGCAGCAUCCACUAAUUUGAAGGAGUGUACACAUUUUUUGUAUAUAUAGUGUUUAAGGAAGAGGGUAUAACAAUAGCGUACUCGGCACUAUAACUUAUGUCAAAUGUCUAAAGCCCCUGUCUGUCUGUCUGUCCUGCAGGUUCUGGAGAGGUUGUUCCAGAAGGGAUUCAGCGUGACGGCGUCAUGUGGCGGCGGAGUUGACUCCUCCCAGUUCAGCGAGUACGUCCUGUGUCGCAAGCUCUACAGGGGUCAGUCCAUCGGCACCACCACCACCAUCCACAUCAAACAGGAGCCUCUGGACUAG